AUGCCAAAAGCGGAAAAUUUGACCGCAAAUCUUAUUGCCACUGUUGCAUUUGUAUGCAUUGGCUCGCUCCAAUUUGGCUAUCAUAUGGCCGAAUUGAAUUCGCCCGAAGCGAUUCUUUCGUGUAGAAAGUCUGUUCCAGGCGCAGAGCCAUACGAACAGUCUUUUUUCGGAUCCAGAGGAUUUCCCAGAUGUACUCCCUUAUCCAAUGAGCAAGUCGGCCUAGUUACAUCUAUUUUCAGUAUCGGAGGGCUCGUUGGAUCUUUCUACGUGGGCACAGUUGCUGAUUCGAUUGGCAGAAAAAAAACGGCUUUAUUACAUAAUGUGGUGUUUUUCGUGGGCUCAGCCUUGAAUGGGGUUAGCAAUUCUUACUACGUUUUACUUUCUGGCCGUUUUAUUGCUGGCAUUGGCGCUGGGUCUGCACUAGUUGUGACUUCAUUAGUUAUCAACGAGAUUGCGCCUGCCCCAUACAAAGGAUUUUUGGGCUCUAUGAACCAAGUGUCAGUUAACAUUGGAAUUUUGCUUACUCAGAUUCUAGCAUUGUGGUGGGGUAACGACAAUGACUGGCGUUUACUUUUGUUCAUGGGUGCCGUGAUCGCGGCUGUAAACUUUGUCUUGGUUCUCCUUUACGUCGAAGAGUCGCCAUUAUGGCUCCUUAACAGUGGGUUCAGCGCUAAAGCAUUCACGACUCUUCACAGGCUUCGUGGUGGUGAUUAUGCUAGCGCACGAUUAGAAGUGAAUAGCUGGAAGAGCGAUUCUCUGUCAAAUACGUCAAACGCUACUCCAGAACAGGACAGCUUGCUCCAAGAGGAGGAUGUGGCAGAUCCAUCUCCCUCUCAUCAAGAUGGAAAAGUUUCACUAAAAAAAUAUCUCACUUCCUCGGAGUAUACCAAUUCAAAGAUUGUGGCCACGGGAAUUUUAGUGCUUCAGCAGUUUUGCGGAAUUAACUCGAUUAUAUUCUAUGGAGUUUCUGUGUUGAUCUCUAUUUUCCCCAACGAAUCCGUACUCAUUAAUUGCAUGAUUUCUGUGGUCAAUGCCGUGGUGACAUUUGCAUCAGCACCAUUGGUAGAUAAGUUGGGCAGAAAACCAUUACUUUUAACAUCAGUAACAUUCAUGGGAUUGCUGUCGACAAUUUUGGGAUUGGGGAUUAUUUACACGAACGCAGUAUUAUCUAUAAUUGGCACAUUCGUGUACAUUACGUUCUUUGCAAUCGGAUUGGGUCCGAUCCCAUUUUUAUUGGUUGGGGAGGUCACACAACCAAAGGCUAAAGCGCUGGCGCAAAGUUGGGGUGUCACAAUGAACUGGUUAGCAACGUUCAUUGUAGGGUUUUUGUUUCCCAUUUUAAAGAACUCAUGGAUUGGUGGAGGAGUUUAUUACAUUUUUACUGCCAUGUGUGCAUUGUCUUAUCUCUUCAUCAAGAACUACAUUCCUGAAACAAAGGGCCGGAACACCUAUGAAGAGGUCUGGGGUAGGUCAUGA